AUGCAUGAACUGCUCUCCUUCUUGCUGCCCUUGAUGCUAGUCGUCCUCAUCGUCAUCCUGCUGCAUGCGCCACAAGCGCCCAGCAAGCUGAUGCACACCGUCAGGUCUGUUCUAGUUCGGAGGCUGUCGCAACCUGUUGUCGUUGUCAGGGACCGCGUGACCGCGCACCAUCUUCUAGUCCGUGGCAGUGCAGGGGGCUUCUUCUCCGAUCGUCCGGCCUCCACCGUGGCCAGCGCUGUCCUCUCACGCCGGCGCUACCACAACCUAAACUCGGCACCCUACGGUCCGCUCUGGCGCGCUAUACGCCGCAACAUCACCUCCGACGUCCUCCACCCUCUGCGCCUCCACCGCUAUGCGUCCUCACGCCGCCGCGCGCUGUUAGGUCUCGUCUCGGACCUUAGCCAGCAGCGCAAGUCCAGACCCAACGGAGUAGUCCUCGCGGCGGAGAGUAUUCGCUCGGCCAUGUUCGGCCUGCUCGCGAACAUGUGUUUCGGCGACGGUGUGGACGAGGAGCGCAUCCGCGCCAUGGCCGACGCCCAGAACGACCUCGUCCAACUCUUUCCCGAGCUGCGUGUCUUCUCACUGCGCGGCAUUGCUAGGAUAAUGUACCGUGAACGGUGGAACAAGCUAGUCACGCUGCGGCAGAAGCAGGAGGAGAUGUACCUUCCGCUCAUCGACGCCCGUCGCGGCCGGCGCCACCAUUCUGGCGAGCCGCCGGCGUAUGUGGACACACUAAUUGGCCUCCGGGUUCCAGGCGAGCACAGCCAAACUUACUCCGGCGGAAAAGCUCGCACGCGAAGGAGGGUCCUGGCGGACGGGGAACUCGUAGGCAUGUGCUCCGAGUUCCUUGGUGCUGGCACAGAAGCCGUAGCUGCUGAAGUGCAGUGGAUCAUGGCGCACCUUGUGAAGCGUCCAGACAUGCAGGAGGCCGUCCGGAGAGAGAUCGCCGCUGCUGUGAUCUCUGAUGCCGAGGAAGUCGCCGAGGGAGUUCUUGGGAAGCUGGAAUAUCUGAACGCCGUCGUUUUGGAGGCGCUCCGGCUACAUCCCACCGUGCCCUCGGUGUUCAGGCAGGUGAUGGAACGUGACCACGUCAUUGUUGACGGCCGACGUAUUCCGGCGGGCACGGUGGUGGUCUUCCCGCCGGGCACUCUAGCGCGAGACAAGACAGCCUGGGCGGACCCCAAUGAGUUCAAUCCAGAACGGUUCCUGGCGAGCGGUGGUGGAGAGAAGAUGAGCCUCUUGGCUGCGGCAGGGAGCGCAGGGGAGAUCACGAUGAUGCCGUUCGGUGCCGGCCGCCGCAUGUGCCCCGGUAUGGCCGUUUCGAUCCUCCACAUGGUGUACUUCAUUGCAAACCUCGUGAGGGAGUUCGAGUGGAGGGAGGCGGAGGGGGAGCUCGCCGUGGAUCUCAAGCCGCAUGUCGGGUUCUUCACUGUCAUGAAGCGACCGCUGCGUGCUCACCUUGUCCUUCGUCGGGAGGACGACAAGAAUUAA